AUGAGGGGAUGUCUUACAUGUCGCCAGCGCCAUCUGAAAUGUGACAAGACUGGGGCCGUGUGCUUACGUUGUCAACGAUCGGGCCGGCAGUGCAUUCCUGCACCAUCGAAACCAGAGGAGGUUACUUUUCGACACGGCCAGAAUCCAUCCUUGCGGCCUAAAGGGCCUCCUCGUUAUGGAGAAAGCGACUUAGCAUUUCCAGAUGAUCAAAUCUGGGUUAAUACACCCCCUGAAGUUGCUUUUGAAGACGAGACAGACCGUACAGCGGCCGACUACCACGUUGUGCAAUCUGGAGCGUCUUCAUUGUACCUGAAGAAAGCCUCUGAACGUCGAUUGUCAACCUCGGUGUCGACGUUGCCACCAUCAACAUCUUCCCUCCUGUCCCCUGCUCUUUCUCCGGGAGGUCCGGAGUCGUUCCAAUCGCCGCCUGAUUUCCCCCACGGCACGAUCAAUAACCUGCUGCCGGCAGACACUAUGGGAGAUCACCAGAAACUGGGCAACCUGAAUGAGGCCUUUCUCCUUCGACACUUCCGAAGAACCAUCGGUGCAUGGAUGGAUGUAUGCGACCAUGAGAGGCACUUCUCAGUGGAUGUGGUCGAACGAGCGCCUUCGUCCUCCCUCCUGUUGUAUGCCUGCUUAGCUACCGCCGCACGUCACCUCUCUCAAACGAACAACUCAGUCCCGCCAAACGCUGCAGAUCAAUACCACGAGCAAUGCAUUGCAAUUCUACUGCCCGUGGUGGAAAACACUGACUUUAAAAUUAACAUCGAGGUACUUCUCGCCUCGACAGUGAUACUACGCUGUUUUGAACAACUUUCUUCUUGUGCCCUGUCGCAAGACCUACAACGACACCUCUUGGCUGGUUCAGUGUACAUCGGUUCUCACGUCGAUUGUGCGUUUUCUGGUGGUCUUGCAGAGGCGUCGUUCUGGGCCUUUGUGAUGCAGGAUGUGCAGUUCGCAUUGGCGACCCGAAGCCCUCUGCGUUUGACCAUUGGCCCUUUCGAAGAAAGGCUACGCCUCGCCUGGGAAUACUGUAGCGCCAAAACCGACCGGGAUUGGGCCCAUCGAGCUCUAUGGCUGCUAGCCCAGACUAUUAACUACUGCUAUGAACCAAGUAGCCCGGCUCACUUGAGUUCCGUUCUUUGGGACGUCCUGAAAAAGAAGAUUUGUGAUUGGGAGAUGCGACGGCCAGAUAGCUUCCGGCCAUUACAUUUCUCUCCUGCCACUACAAGCCUUGGGAGACCCUUUCCUGUUGUUUGGUUUACCAGCGCAUCACACGCUACCGCAGCGCAACAGAUAUGCAUGGCCAAAGCUUUGAUACAUGAGUAUGAGUUGAGAACUCAUCAGUUCGCGGCUAGCCCAAAUCAAGGUCGCAAGUUAAUCGAGAAUGCUAUCGUGAGAAACCUGAAUAUCGUUUUAGGCAUUUCCCUUUCGGCCGACGAUGACCCUCCCGUUCGCAUCAUGGCCUGCCAUGCGCUGUCUGCUUGCGGCUCCUGGAUACGUGACCCACUAGCGCAAGCGUGUCUUUUAGACCUACUUCGACGGACAGAAGCAGAGAAUGGAUGGCCAUGGACAUCUCUGGCGCAAGCACUAAGUCAAAGCUGGCGUAUGACGGCGGAAUAG